UUGCAGCUUGAAGAACUACGAUGGCAGUCAACAAGGGCCUGACUUUGCUGGAUGGAGACCUCCCUGAGCAGGAGAACGUGCUGCAGCGGGUCCUGCAGCUACCGGUGGUGAGCGGCACCUGUGAGUGCUUCCAGAAGACCUACACCAGCACCAAGGAAGCGCACCCCCUGGUGGCAUCUGUAUGCAAUGCUUACGAGAAGGGCAUCCAGAGCGCUGGCAGCCUGGCCGCCUGGAGCAUGGAGCCAGUGGUCCGCAGGCUGUCCACCCAGUUCACAGCUGCCAAUGAGCUGGCCUGCCGAGGCCUGGACCACCUGGAAGAAAAGAUACCGGCCCUCCAGUAUCCUCCUGAAAAGAUCGCCUCUGAGCUGAAGGACACCAUCUCCACCCGCCUCCGCAGUGCCAGGAACAGCAUCAGCGUGCCCGUCACCAGCACUGCGGACAAAGUCCUCGGUGCUGCUCUAGCUGGCUGCGAGCUCGCCUGGGGGAUGGCCAAAGACACUGCUGAAUAUGCCGCCAACACCCGAGCCGGCCGACUGGCCUCUGGGGGUGCCGACUUGGCCUUGGGGGGUGUUGAGAAGGUGGUAGAGCUCCUCCUCCCUCCAGCCAAGGAAGAGUCAGCCUCCGCUCCAGGACACCAGCAUGGCCAGAAGCCUCCCAAGGCCAAGCCGAGCCUCGUGAGCAGGGUUGGAACUCUGGCCAGCACCAUCUCUCAACACACCUUCCAGGCCACGUCUCGCGCUCUGAAACAGGGCCACGCCCUGGCCAUGUGGAUCCCCGGUGUGGCACCCCUGAGCAGCCUGGCCCAGUGGGGUGCAUCAGCGGCCAUGCAGGUGGUGUCCCGGCGGCAGAGUGUGGUGCGGGUGCCCUGGCUGCACAACCUGGCGGCCACCCAGGAGGAGGAUCACGAUGACCAGACGGACACAGAGGGGGAGGAGAUGGAGGAGGAGGCGGAACCAGAGACAGAGGAGAAUAAGCUCAGUGAGGGAGCAGCCCUGCCUGGCCCGCAAGGCUUCCUGGGCAAAGCGGUGCACACCCUGCAGAGAGCGCUCCAGAGCACGAUCUCCCUCGUGACUUGGGCACCUGCGACUGCGCUGGGCACCGCUGGGAGGAUGCUGCCCUUCACGCCGGCUCGCGCUGUCUCCUCGACCAAGGGGAGGGCCAUGUCCUUGUCUGACGCCCUGAAGGGCGUUACUGACAACGUGGUGGACACGGUGGUGCACUACGUGCCGCUCCCCAGGCUGUCGCUGAUGGAGCCCGAGAGCGAGUUCCGGGACAUCGACAACCCGCCGCCAGAGGCCGAGCGCCGGGAGGCGGAGCGCAGGGGGUCCGGGGCGCUGCCCGCCGCCCCGGAAGCCGCGCCGCGCCCCGCGCCGACCCGCGGCAGCCUGCGCAGCGCUCGGGGCCCUGGCGCCGAAGACCGGGACACCGCUGCCGCGCUGCGCCCCGCCUUCCCGGCAGUGCCCCGCGAGAAGCCGGCGCGCAGGGUCAGCGACAGCUUCUUCCGGCCCAGCGUCAUGGAGCCCAUCCUGGGCCGCGCGCAGUACAACCAGCUGCGCAAGAAGAGCUGAGCUCGCC